AGCUUGCGGCAGGAAUGUUGAAUGUAGGUCAUAUUAAGUUUUAAUCAGCUCUGGUGCUACUGGCGCUGCCAACGUAUUUUUCGGAAAGGCUAUUAUUUCCCCAAUUUACGACUUUGGAUUGGCUAACACAUACUUCUAACUGUUCUUGUUAUUAGAUAUUUUGAUAUAAUGGAGUUCUAAAUAUGGUUUUCAACUACUUUAACCAAUCUGCGAUAAUUUUCAAGAGAAAAGUUCCUUCCACCGAUGGAAAACUCGCUAGUGCGCUAUCCCAUGAACGCUCAGCGCCCCAGCAUCUCAGAAAGAAAAGAUGGCAAAAUGUGCACCAGCCUGCUGGGAUCUUCAUCAAGUCAGCGCCCUGCAGUCAAUCGUUUUCAAGUCAGAUGCAGACAGUCAAAGAAGUGGUCUAAAGGAUUGUAUGAUCCGUGUAUUGAUUAUGAUGCAAUUCCCAUCGAUACUUAUGUAGGGAAGAGUUCCAGGAAGAACUACUCUCUGGAAUCAAGCUACGAUGGCUACAUACACGGCUCCUGUCAGUUAACGCUCCUCCCUGGGUGUGCGUACCUCAAGAAUAGUAGCAACGAAUUAUCACCGGAAUGGGAUGAAGUCUUCUCUGUAAGGAUUCCGAAUAAAGGCGACUUGGCAUGCCCCAUAUGUCUACACCCACCUGUUGCACCGCGGAUGGGUAAAUGUGGACACGUCUACUGCUGGCCUUGUGUAACACAAUAUAUAAAAUACGAGAACGAUUCUACCAGCAAAAAGUGUGCCGUCUGUUCCUGCUUGCUACCGUUUGAUGAUUUAAAAAGGGUGUCACUCGUUCCAACUACGCAAAUAAAGCCGGGUGAUAAUUUGGAUUUUGCACUUGUGAGGCGCUCAGGAAGUGAGGUGACUCGUCGGUCAGUCACUGAAGCAAAUGGGGCUACUGUUUUUCAGUGUGUGUGCCUUGCUGACACUGCAUCAAUGAUGAACUUCAAUGAGACGGAAAUCAAUGAACUCUUAACAUACAAGACCAUAUGCGAAAUAGAUGGUAGCAACACCGAAAUUAUUCCUUUCAUUGACUUGGUUCUCGAUAAACUGAAGCAUGAAAGCUGUGCUUUGCCUAAAACUUAUAGUGGUGUAAAUAAACUUCUUGACGGUGAUACUCCGAGUAAUUCUAAUGACUCUGCUAAUGACCUCUAUUUCUACCAAGUCACAGACGGUCAGCCGAUAUACCUAGAUGGUCUUGCAUGGAGAUGCCUGUUGACUGAGUAUGGAGAUAUUAAAUACCUUCCAGAAGAGAUUAGUACAACUGUUGUCACGAUUAAAAACUGUCGAAUGAACCCGUUUCUUCGUAAACGGUUGCGUUAUCUCAACCAUUUACCAAAUGGAUAUGCUUUCAGUUUGGUAGAAAUCGAGUUAGAACCACCCCUGGUAUCAGAAGCAACUCUAGCCCAUUAUGCAACAGUUCUAAAUAAUCGUGCAAUGGAGCGAGAUCGAAGUCGAUUGGAAGACCUAAAACUUACCGAGCUGAAGAGAGCAGCUGAAAAUCAGUUUACAUCACUACGUAAGAGCUGUUUGCUUUUCUUUUGCUUAAAAAGUGGAACGUAAGUGUUAGGGGGAAUUUUGUUUUUUAGUAAGUGACAAUGUCGCAUUUUCUAUCGCCGUAUCUCAUCUCUAUGUCCAAAGACUGUGAGGUAACACAAACGGCAAAGAAUAUGACAAGUUACAGUUGGCAUUUUAACAAAAUUUCUUUGUUACUACUGAGACAUAUGGCUUCAAGCUUUAGCUCUGAGGUUUCAGUGGCAGUGGUAAUUUUACGGGGUUGUAACCGGCUAAGGGAGGUAAAGGUGUGCACUGGCCGGGACUCGAACCCCGAACCACAUGCAUGGUCGGCCAGCGCUCCACCAGUCAGCAGUGCCGUAUACUUAUUGGCUGACAAAUAUUUUCCCAUUAGAACAAAUUUUAAUCUUGAAUCACGUCAUUUUAAAAAUACGUGUGACUGAAGGUUCGAAUUCUGAGGGAUUCGUUGAAGAUUGCCUUAAGCAGUUAAUAUGGGUAUUUUCAAAUACUUGGCCAAUUUCUGAUUAUAGGUCGGGUAUUCGUUUUCUGGAGCUAGUACAUUCUAUUGAACGUUAAGAAACUUGCUGAUAUACCAACAAGGCUAUCGUAACUGAUGUCUUGAUUCACUAAGUUGUAUGUUGGUUGGUCAGUGUUCUCCAACUGUUUGUAUUUGAUGUAUGCCAAUAACCCAUGUCUGUGUUGCAAUGUUAUGUUGCAUCGUCACUAUUAAUACACAAAACAAAUCGGCAAAAAGUUAGUUUUUCAAGGCAUUGAGUUUGUGCUGUUAACCCUUUUUCCAUCCUCCAGAUUUCAGAAAUGUUCAUUAACCUUCAUUGAUUUUUUUGAUGUUCACAUUUCUUAGCUCCAGGUUUCGUUUUGAGUGGUCAUGCUUCUUUGUCUGAAAAACAAGAACAACCGAAAAUGUCUGAUUUUGUCGCACUCUCAUCCGGGACGAACAGUUUGCAAAAAAAGAGUACAUUGCCAGUUAGUUUUGCAGAGGUUUCUCGUGCAGGCGCACUGAAUGUUGUUGGUCCAGAUCGUGUUGCUCAUUUUUCACGCAGUCCUCCAAAGCCACAGACUCCUAAAGCUUUUAAUAUCAAUUCCGAGUGCUGGCCUACGUUAGGAGAGUCUUCGAAAACCCCAACCAAUUUGAUCAGAAAGCCAAGCAACACAUCUAAUUCUGGGGAAUGAAUAAAGGUUUUGACUGACAAACUGUUUAACGUCUAAACCGAAUUCUAAUUAUUAUAUUUGAAUUACAUCGCCAUUUGUGCAAGACUCUUCAUUGACUCUGAAUAUAAAUAUAUAUGUAGAGUAACGCA